AUGCAUGUAAUGCUUGAUAUGUUGCGCCCAAAAGUAGCAAGAAGUCGUUUUCUGCUGGCAGCUGACGCUGUCCGGGAGUUAGUUCUGGUUUGGGUCGCGGAUUGUGUAGCAAGCGCCUCCCGAAAACUUUCGGAGGUGAAGAAUAGGAAUUAUAUCAUCCAGUUUUCUACAGCAAGCGAAUUAAUGGAUAGCAGUGUUGUAGUUCCAAAAAUUACUGAUUCGGAAGGAAUACAUGUACAAAAUGAAUUCUAUCGAUUCGAAGAUGCUAAUGGAACGUUCAUCUAUAAGGAAGAAAUUCCGCAUUUGUAUCAUCCAGAACGCAACACGUUGUUUGUCCAAUUUGAUGACCUUUUCUCUUUCAGUAAUACGCUGGCAUCAGCGCUUGAAUUGCAGUUUUAUAGACUAUAUCCAUAUCUAUGUAAAUCGUUGCAUCUGACUAUCAUGGAUGGUUGCAACGAUGAUAAUAUCAGACAACGAAUGCAACGAAAGGAAUUUUAUGUCAGUAUUGGACAAAUUAGAAAUAAGCUUAGGGUGCGUGAGCUGACAGCUAGUAAAAUUGGUGCUUUGACGUGUAUUUCGGGGCAAGUGGUGCGGACACAUCCAGUUCAUCCUGAAUUGUAUAAAGGAGUUUUCAUUUGCGAUGACUGCGGGACGAAAGUAAAAAAUGUCGAACAACAAUUUCGUUACACACCGCCGGCGCAGUGCUCAAAUCAGCAAUGCAGUAAUCGUGGUCAUUUCCAGCUUGAUAUCUACGAAUCAUCAUUUAUCGAUUUUCAGAAAAUACGUAUGCAAGAGACACAGGCAGAAUUGCCACGAGGUAGUAUCCCAUUAAGUUUAGAUGUUAUCUUACGCGGUGAACUCGUUGAAACCAUACAGCCGGGUGACCGGUGCGAUUUCGUCGGUGCGCUGAUUGUUAUUCCAGAUGUAGCUCAGCUGAGUGCGCCAGGUCUUCGAGCAGAAGCUCCCAGUCGUAAUCGACGUCGUGGUAUAGGAAAGGAGCAAGAGGGUAUUACUGGCCUGAAGGCUUUGGGCGUGCGAGAUAUGAACUACAAAUUAGCAUUCCUGGCAUGUAAUGUCACGGCUUCAGUUCCUUCGUUUGGUAGUCGAGUUCUCGCACACGAAGAUUUAGACCACAAUGAGUUGUGGUCUCAGUUAUCGGAAAAUGAAAAAAAGGUGAUGCGUAAAAUGAGUGAAGAUAAAUCAAUCGCCCAGAAUCUUAUUCAUAGUUUGUUCCCAGAUAUUUAUGGCAAUGACGAGGUAAAACUUGGAGUGCUUUUAAUGCUUUUUGGUGGUGUUCAAAAACGAAGUGAAGGAGAAGGGACUAGCUUACGUGGUGAUAUAAAUGUUUGUUUGAUUGGUGAUCCAAGCACAGCGAAAAGUCAAAUUUUGAAGACGGUGGAGCACUUUUCACCGAGAGCGGUUUAUACUUCCGGCAAGGCAUCGUCAGCAGCUGGUUUAACAGCAGCAGUUGUAAAAGACGAAGAGUCAUUUGAGUUUGUUAUUGAAGCAGGAGCUUUGAUGCUCGCGGACAAUGGUGUUUGUUGCAUUGAUGAAUUUGACAAGAUGGAUGUGAAAGAUCAAGUUGCAAUUCAUGAGGCCAUGGAACAGCAAACUAUAUCGAUAACAAAAGCUGGCGUGAAAGCAACGUUGAAUGCUCGUGCUUCAAUUCUGGCAGCAGCGAAUCCGGUUGGUGGCCGUUACGAUCGGUCACGGCCAUUAAAGAAUAACAUACAGCUUUCUGCACCUAUCAUGUCUAGAUUCGAUCUUUUUUUCGUCUUAGUUGAUGAAUGCAAUGAGAUCGUAGAUUACGCUAUAGCUCGUCGCAUACUUGACACUCAUCGUCAACUGGCAACUCAAGAAAAACUAGAAACAGUUUACAGUUUAGACGACAUCCAUCGUUAUAUUACUUUUGCUCGAUGCUUCAAGCCGAGGAUUAGUGAUGCAGCUGCAAUACUUUUGGUUUGUGAGUACAAACGUUUACGAAUGAGCGAUAGUAAUAAUUCCACUACGUCAUCCUGGCGAAUAACUGUACGACAGCUAGAAUCACUAAUACGACUUUCCGAAGCACUUGCUCGACUUCAUUGUGAAGGCGAAGUCAAGGUGGAGCAUGUUCAUGAAGCUUCAAAGCUACUGAGCAAGUCGAUAGUACGCAUCGAACAGCCUGAUAUUAUUUUGCAAGAAGAUGAUGCACUUCUGGAAGCUGAAAUGAUAGAGACAGCAGAGCUAAGUGCUGUUCGAGAACGAAAUCAAGAAGCGGUGGGAAGUACGAUCAGAACUGAAGAUGAUGGGACGAGAAAAGUUGAUUCUGGGAAGUUGAAAAUCAAAUUUGAACUUUACAAACGGAUAGCCGAUAUGUUAGUACUGCAUAUAAGACAUGAUGAAGAAACGGAGGAAAAUACUGAAAAUUGGGAAGGCGUCCGGCAAUCACAGCUUGUUCAAUGGUAUUUGGAUAUGAUGGAAGAAAGCAUCGACUCGGAGGAGGAGUACAACCUUCAGAAAACUAUCUGUGAACGCGUUAUCAGGCGUCUUAUCACGGAAGAUAAUAUUUUGAUUCAGCUGAACGCAGAAACAGAUGAUGAUCCUGUUGUCGUUGUUCAUCCUAAUUAUGUUAUAAGUGAUGAGUAAAAAUUUAUUUUAUUGAAAGGUUUUAAUUAUAAAUCAAAUUACCAUUGAAAUUUUUUCUCUGUGACUGAACCAAAG